UCAAAUGCACCCCCAUCUGAGAAUCGAGGUAACACACAUGCAUGCUUUUCUUCGUAGCGCAGCAGAACUCCGUUUUUGGCUCCGAUUUGCCUGCCAAUGGUUGCUCAUUGUGUGCUGCUUUACGUUUGGACGAAAAACGAUAGAGGAUUUCCUAAUAAGCUUGAUUAUAUGGAGCCGGACAAUCAAGGAAACCAACCGUUCGUUGAUUACAGAAGAUAACAAAAUGAAUCUUGGGGCAGAAAUGUUGUACAUUCUGAUCUCAUCGAUGUUCAUAUUCGACAAAGUGCAUUCGGCGAAUAUAGCUUUCUAUGGCGGGCCUGGAGUAGGCAGUCACUUCAGUUCAAUAACUGCUAUUGGCGAGGAGUUGGUUGGGCGUGGCCACAACGCCACCGCCAUCAUCAGCGGUGAAGUAACAUCCGUACCCAACGACGACAGAUACUCAAAACUCUUCAACUUUGUCAGAACAAAGCGCACCCCUUCAGAGGGGAGACUCAAGGAAAAGAUAGACUUUGUAGCCCGAGCCGCUGUCUCUGGUGAUUUUCUCGGAGAGUUUAGAAAGAAUAAAGAGGCGCUGCAUGAAUAUUGGUUAAAUGACUGUGACGAUAUGCUGCAAGAUGAUAAUUUCAUUAAUAGCCUAACCGAAGCCAGCGUAGACAUUCUUAUCAUUGAUCCCGUCUUUGGAUGCCCGAAUCUCCUACCAGUUAUACUCAAGAAGCCCUUCAUCUUCUUCUUUCCAACUCAUCUUGAAGAACACCUUGCUGAUGCUUUAGGUUCUCCUGUGAACAAUGCUAUACGACCGUCAUACUCGAGUAGUUUCCCGCUACGGAUGACGUUUUGGCAGCGUCUUCGCAAUUUUGUACGGGUAAAAGUAUUUCCAUCUUUUCUCACCAUGAGGAUGAAGAGCACUCAAGAUUACAUGGCUUUACGAAAUAUAUCUCCACAUUUAUCUCCCAUUGAUAUUUUCAACAAGGCGGAAUUACUUCUCGUCAACAUGGAUUUUGCCGUCGAGUUUCCCUUUCCCAUCGCACCGAAUGUAAUUCCGGUCGGUGGCGUCACAACCAAACCUGCCAAGCCGCUUGAACAAAACCUUGAGGAGUUUGUCCAAAGCUCUGGUGAAGAUGGUAUUAUCAUCUUCACCAUGGGUUCUUACGCAACCUACAUGAAGGAGGAGCUUAUUAAAGAGUUUAUAACGGCAUUCUCACGACUACCUCAAAAGGUCCUCUGGAAGACUAGUCGCAAUUUCUCCGAAGAUAUCAACCGAUUCAAGUUCAAACCGAUGACGUGGAUGCCACAGAAUGACCUACUUGGUCACAACAAGACAAAGCUAAUCAUCUUUCAAGGAGGAAACAACGGGUUCUAUGAAGUCGUUUAUCAUGGUGUACCGUGCGUGGUCAUCCCCCUACUCGAGGAUCAGUACGACAUCGCUUCAAGAAUUAUCCAUCACGGAAUGGGAACGAAGCUCGAUUACCACACUCUAAACGCUGAAAAGAUCGAAGAGGCAGUCAGAACAGUGUUAGAAAAUACGAGUUACAAAGAUAACGCAGCAAGGAUAUCUUCGAUGUACAGACAUCGCACGAUGAGGCCCGUUGAGAAAGCAGCUUUCUGGGUUGAGCACGUGAUCCAAUAUGGCGGCACUCAUCUUAAAUCUAUCGCGGGAGAAGUGCCCUGGUACCAAUACCAUCUGGUCGACGUUAUUGUUUUCCUCACCUUUUGCCUUUCUAUAAUAUUUAUCAUUUUAAUUUUCCUUUUAAAAAUAACGAUAAAAUUAAUAAGCAGUAUGUGGAGGAAAUAUCGACAUGUAAAUGAAAAGAAAGAUGAUUAGCGUAUAGGCACAUUCCUAAGAUUUAAAAGUUUUAAUGAAAUGUUUGCACAUUCAGCGAGAAGGUCUGUUACUCUGGUCUAUCCACAACGCAUACAAUCCAGAAACAAUCCAAUCAGUAUAUUCUUUUUACCACAAAAAGCAAUGUCCUACAGGCCCAAUGACAAAAAAAUGCAAAUUUUUAGUGAUAAUUAUUCAAGGAUUAAAAACGACUUUAAUGCAUUACAUCUGAAGAAGGUGCAGUAAUUAAUAAUAUUGUUUAAUAAUUAGGUUAUAUUCUGUGUUGAUUGUAUAUGUUGCCUUUAUUGUAUCCCUGAAAGUGACGGUCGAGUCACGUGCCCCUUGCGAUUCCAAACCCCGUAUAAGUAACAGAGAGGACCGGACUGGGGCCCUGGGAGUACUUUUUUUUAAUUGAGGGUACUAAUAUAAAUUUGACAAGCAAAACACAAAGGUGGGGGGGGGGUCACUCCAUAAAGGAAGGUAAUUUUAGUCCAGAGAAAUAGACGAUCAAAAAGAAACAAAAGGUUUAUGUAUAAAUAUUAAUGUCAUUCAAUGUAUCGGGAACUACUACUCACAAGUUUUUAUAAACUUUUUUGUAGUUUCCAAUUUUCUCUGAUACUAUUUGUCAUUCCUGUACAUAUUGUAUAUAUAUAUCAUUUUUCUUAAUGCUGAGAAAAUAAAUAAAUUGAACUGAACUGAACUGAAUUGAAAAAAUGUAGGUCAGUUUUGUUACAUUUCUCCAUUUUGUCACACCUUCCAAAGUUCCAGGAGGUGCUGCCUAUGCAGAAAAAUACACACAGCACCCCCAAUGAAAAAAUAAUUCUCUAAUUCCGUGGUGACGAGUAAGUUUCUCAGCGGUUUCUUUUGUUUUCAUGCUUCCUAACAUCAACAUUAACAUGGAGAUCUGUGAGAUAACUUGGUGUGAGUCGUGGUAUGAACAUAGAGCUAUUAUCUGUAAUAGCUGGUAUGAAAUUAUUUGUUUGCUAUAUGUUUGCUUGUGCAUAGGUGUGUUUGAUUCCAUGUUAAAGGUAUUAUUUAAC